AAUAUUAACAUUCCUAACUUCCUUCCUUCAUUAUUCAUUCUUCAUUCGUCAACUUCUCCUCCUCCAAUGGCGGCCGUGGAUGUUUCCUCCGCCGCCGCCACUAUCACCGCCGCGCUUCCCUCCUCCCGCCGCUGUCCUUCUCAACCGCCCAAUCAAAUCCGCAUCCUCUCCAAACCCUCCUCCUCAACCCUUCGACUCUCUCUCAACCCCAGAUGCAGCAACCUCGCGCAAAAUCCAGUCCCCAAAAACGCCGUCGUUUCCAAGCUUUCCCCUCUCGAGUUGCUCAAGUCUUCCGCCGCCGACAGAUAUACGAAGGAAAAGAGUAGCAUCAUUGCCAUUGGACUGAAUGUUCAUACUGCUCCGGUUGAGCUACGUGAGAAGCUUGCGAUCGCUGAAGAGAAAUGGCCUCAGGUGAUUGAAGAGCUUUGUGGUUUGAAUCAUAUUGAAGAAGCUGCUGUUCUUAGCACUUGUAACCGGAUUGAGAUUUAUGUUGUGGCUCUCUCCCAGAAUCGUGGUGUUAGGGAAGUCACUCAGUGGAUGUCAAAGAUGAGUGGGGUUCCAAUACCAGAGCUCCAGGAGCACCAGAUGUUGCUGUAUAACAAGGAUGCCACACAGCAUUUGUUUGAAGUAGCUGCUGGGCUUGACUCCCUUGUUCUAGGGGAGGGUCAGAUUCUUGCUCAGGUGAAGCAAGUUGUGAAAACUGGACAAGGAGUGUCUGGUUUUGGUCAGAUGAUGAGUGGGAUGUUCAAGCAGGCAAUCUCUGCCGGGAAGCGGGUUCGGAGCGAGACUAACAUUGCUUCUGGAUCAGUUUCUGUUAGCUCUGCUGCUGUGGAGCUGGCACAGAUGAAGCUUUCAGAGUCUUCCUUUGCUGAUGCCAGAGUGUUAGUAAUUGGGUCAGGAAAGAUGGGUAGACUUGUGAUUAAGAACUUGGCUGCAAAAGGGUGCAAAAAGAUGGUGAUUGUUAACAGAACUGAAGAGAAAGUCAAUGCCAUUAGGCGAGAGAUGAAAGAUGCUGACAUUGUUUUCAGACCUCUUUCAGAAAUGCUUGAUUGUGCUGCUGAAGCUGAUGUAAUCUUCACCAGCACAGCAUCUGAAUCUCCUCUAUUCUCAAAAGAGAAUGUGGAGAGGCUUCCUCUAGUUAGCCAAGGUGCAAGGAGACGACUUUUCAUUGAUAUAUCUAUGCCUAGGAAUGUUGAACCGGGGGUUUCAGAUCUGGAGACCGCACUUGUGUACAAUGUGGAUGAUCUUCGGGAAGUUGUUGCAGCAAACAAGGAGGACAGGCUCCAGAAAGCUAUGGAAGCGCGAGGAAUAAUCCAGGAGGAGUUGAAUAAAUUCGAAGCGUGGAAAGACUCCUUGGAAACUGUACCUACUAUUAAGAAAUUUAGAGCUUAUGCUGAAAGGAUUAGUUCCUCUGAGGUGGAGAAGUGUUUGUCGAAGAUGGGUAAUGACAUCUCAAAGGAGCAAAAAGAUGCAAUAUAUUCACUUGGUAUGGGCAUUGUGAAUAAGCUUCUUCACGGUCCUAUGCAGCAUUUGAGGUGUGAUGGGAAUGAUAAUCGUUGUUUGAGUGAAGUACUCGAGAAUAUGCGCGCUCUUAACAGAAUGUAUGAUCUUGAGACAGAAACUUCCUUGAUAGAAGAAAAGAUCAAAGCCAAGAUGGAACGGGUUCAAAAGUAAACUCUCCUUAAAAUUGUCGUCAUUUUAUACGUUUCCUAGUGCGGCUUCAACCCUUACCUCUUCUUGUACACUACAAUAGUGAAUUGAGGCCCUUUGGAGACUAAUUCUUUUAUUUUUUUUAACUAAACUAAAAAGGGAAUAAACAUUGAUAUAGGAGUGUAGUUGACGAUUCAUGAUUCUCAUGACAACAGAGAUUCUUUGCUUGUAUACUUUUUUUUUUUUGAACCUUCUUUGCUUGUAUACUUAAUAACAUUGUUUUAGAUAGUGUAAUAUUUACCUUUGAAGUUUGGA